AUGCCUAAAACUUUUCAAAAAUCAGGGUUGAAUAAUUGUGAAAAAGACAUCUUGGCAUUCAUCCUCCGAAAUGAUGCGAGUAUUGGUAGCGAUGAGCCAAAAUCGAAUACUCGACUUUCAUGGCGACAAGUGCAAUAUACGUUUACCGAUCAGCGAAUCUAUCUGUAUUUCAUAAUUGCUGCUGGAACCCUGGGCGCUAUCAAAUGUCUAACAUUGAUUCAUCCAUCUUUGAUUCAUGGUCUAACGGACUCAAAUGAACUAACCCAUUUACUAACAGCACCACCAUAUGUUAUGGCUUGUCUAUGCUGUUGCUGGGGUGGUUUUUCAUCGUCACGUCUCAACGAGCACGGAUUUCAUAUUGCUAGCUUUCUAUUAGUAGGUAUACUCGGUUUUAUUUUUAUGAUAAUUUUACCAGAUGAAAGCAAAGUGGAAAGAUAUGCCAGUAACUGUAUUGCCUUCUGUGGCUUAUACCCGUCCUUCCCACUUGCACUAGCUUGGUUGACGAAAAAUAUAGGUGGUCACACGAAAAGAGCACUUGCUAUCUGCUACUUUAUGGCUAGUUCUCAGCUUGGAGGUGCAAUGUCAUUUCAAAUAUACCGUGAAGCCGACAAGCCAUCUUAUCGACGAGGACAUUUACUGUGUGGUGGAGCCGCGAUAAUGGCUUUGAUAGCCACUCUGAUUCUGCGCUAUUGUUUAAUAAGAGAAAACUAUCGUCGAGCUCAUUUAUCAGCUGAUGAAUAUCAUCGAGAAGCAACCAUUGAAGAACCAUGCGAUUGGGUAUGUAGUUUGAACACUCAAAAACAAUUUUCUUUUAAAUAUCGUUUCUAGCAUCCGGAUAUUCGAUAUGUAUUAUGAAACAAGGUAUUUAUUAAGACAUUCUAUGGCAUUCUCAAUAAUUAAGCAUACCAAAAUAGAACUUAAAUUUGCUUGUCAACAAAUUAUGUUUCUCUCAUUGAAUAAAAACCGGAUGAUACUGAUGUAAGAACCAGUUCAUAUAAGGGACAUCUGAUCUCUAAAAGUGCUUAAUCGAGAAUCACAGAGUGUAUGGAUGUGUGUGACUGUGUCUGUGUAGAUGCUAGUGUGUGUUUGUAGAUAUGAUAUGAAAGUGCCGGUGUCAGUAAAGAGAAAACUCUCAUUUGCCUUCAUUCACCUUAGUUACGCAAACGCACACCCUGAUUCUGUUUUGAAUAGAGUAUCUGAAGCAAUGUCAGUUUUCGAGGCAUCAAUUGUAUGUAUACCAUGUGAGAAAAUAAUGCAAAGUACGGGCGUCAAGCGGAAAAGGCAAGACUUCAGUACUUCACUCAUACUUCAGAGUACAGAAGUCUCGCUUUUUCCCUUCUCGAUGGACAUUUGACUGCUUGUUUUAACUUGCGCUCACCGUCAAAUUAUCGUUUCAUCCAGUCUCUCGACCAACAGCGUUCACGAGUAUGUUACAUUUAUAAUGUCGGAUUAUGAAUAUGAUGUAAAAAUCAAAAUCAACAUUCUGGACACUGAUCAACAACUUAGUGAAGGAGACAGCUCCCGAAUGAGGAAACGAUCAACCGACAUUUAAACCUUUUAUAAGUAAACCUGGAACAUUUAUCAUGUCAAUCAUAGAUUUCUUUUUACUACAUAUUCUCCUUUACAUCAUACGAUGUGUGAUAAUCAAUGCUAGAAAACAGAUUGAACAACUUCAAACACUC